CACAGUGACAUUGAUCGACGUGUUCAGAGGAAGAGGACGGUCUUUCUGAGCUAGCGAAAUGUCUCAGACCGAAGUACACGACUUUGGCGUUGUUGACUACGUGGUUUUCUCUGCUAUGUUAGCGAUUUCGGCAGCUACAGGGAUAUAUCAUGCAUUUGCAAGAGGAGGUCAACACACAACAAGCCAGUUUUUGCUAGCCGACCGUGAAAUGAGUGGUGUCCCAAUUGCUAUGUCUUUAGUCGUGUCAUUUCUCUCUCCAAUUACAAUUCUGGGAAUGCCAGCUGAAACGUUUGUCAAUGGAGCACAGUAUUCUAUUUACGUUCUGUGCAUUCUAUGGGUCUUUCCGGUGGUCGCUCUGAUACUGGUUCCGGUUUUCCAUGGACUCAAACUCACCAGUGCUUAUGAGUACAUGAGUCUUCGGUUUCAUUUUAGUCUACGUAUUAUAUCAUCAAUACUAUUCAUAAUUCAAACUGCAUUCUACAUGGCCGUGACAUUGAUAGGACCCGCCUUAGCCAUUGAAGCAGUGAUUCAGUUUGCUGUUUGGAAGACAGUACUUAUAACAGGAUUGAUUUGUACAUUCUAUACAACAAUAGGUGGUAUGAGGGCAGUUAUUUGGACGGAUGUUUUCCAGUUUUUUGUCAUAGUUGGUUCCUUCAUUACCGUCAUUGUCCUAGGAGUGAUCAAAGCCGGUGGUAUGGAAUAUGUCUGGGAAACCAAUAAACAAGAUGGCCGACUCAACUUCUUUGAAACUCCAUUUGGAAUCACAACCAGGCUGUCUGCGGUGGCAUUGGCUGUAGGGGGUGGAAUGAAUACGUUUCCACUUUACAUAAGUCAGACUGCUGUACAAAGAUAUGCUGCAUCUAAAUCAUUACGUCAAGCACAAAUUGCAGUGGCUUUAAAUUUGCCUUUUCAACUAAUAAUGUUACCCAUGGUGUACUUCACUGGGCUUGUCCUCUAUGCUUUCUAUAAUAAUGCCAUGACUCCACUGAUGCCACCACUGAAUUACACAAUGGCCAACUACUCCUACCAUUCUGAUUUUAUUACUGAGAUGCCAUAUGAGGUUUUACAAUCUACCACAGCUCCUAACUCAUCCUUUAACAUAACAGGCAAUUUUAGCUUAGCCACAUCAUCUGUUUUAGAAAAUGGAAUUGAACCAAGAUAUGUGCCAGAUUACUCCUCAGCUGAUCAGAUUAUGGUAUACUUUGUGAGUUCACAGUUUGGUGUAAUUCCAGGUCUACAGGGUCUGUUUGUUGCAUGUAUCUUUGCAGGAACUUUAAGUACAAUGUCAUCAGGUUUGAACGCGUUGAUAGCCGUCACGUUAGAAGAUAUCAUAAAGCCAUUCAGAAGAUGGAGAGCAUCUCGUUGCCAUAGUGAAGUACACCAAAAUGAUGCUAGGGAUACACUGGUGUCAAAAGUAAUGAGUAUGUAUCUUUGUAUUCUCCUCUAUGGGGCCAAGUUUGGAGUUCUCUGGUUGCUUGGUUACCGUGUGUGCUCCAAUACUCCAUUGCCAGACUUUAUAUACAUGUUCUGUUUUUAA